AUGGCAUCCACCAACUAUGCGCAUUGUUGCACUAGUGGCACUAUGUACUCAGGUAAACCGAAGGGUUACAUGACGAAAGUCAACGACAAAAUUGAUGCAUACAUCUCUGUCCCACCUACCACAAUCCCGCGUAAAGAUUCCGGUAUCUUGUAUCUCCCAGACGUAUUUGGAAUCUGGCAGAAUAGCAAACUCAUUGCAGACGAUUUCGCUGCCAAAGGGUACACCUGCGUAGUGGUUGACAUACUGAAUGGAGACCCAUUGACGCUGGACAAUGCUAAAGACAUCAAUUUUCCCAGCUGGUUGGCCAAGGGUACGUGUGGGAAUAAUCCCCAUGCACCCGAGUUUAUCGAUCCCAUUGUGCUGGCAGGUAUUGCCAUGAUGAGAGACUUGGGGUUCACGAGGAUUGGAGCUGUGGGCUAUUGCUUCGGUGCCAAGUACUCCAUCCGUCAUUUGCCAAAUGGAAUUGACUGCGCCUUCAUAGCGCAUCCGUUUGGCAUUGAAGAAGAAGAAGUUUCUGCAGUGACUAGUCCGGUAUCUGUUGCCGCCGCAGAGCAUGACACUGCAUUCACACUGGAGAAGCGUUACAUGAUGGAGAAACUACUACGCCAGUCGCAGCAAGCUUUUCAGAUUACCGUCUUUUCAGGAGUUGACCAUGGGUUUGCGGUCAGGGGGAAGCCGAAGUUGAAGGCUCACCUUUACGCUAGAGAGCAGGCGUUUCUUCAGGCUAUUGCGUGGUUCGAUUGUUAUUUGGAGGCACCAGCGCAAGCAGUUCACUUAUAG